GGAUUUUUUCUCGUCUCUGUUUAUAUUUUCGAAAAACUGUGCACUUAAUACAAAGUGAGACGUCAGCGUACAGCAGCACAAGCACAGACACACAUCGAACACCGUUAUUAACCGCUGGACCUUGAAGGUCUGCAGAGAUGUCGUCUGUGUGGCAGCAGGAGCCGUCAGGGUACUCCCCCUGCGUGGAGAUCGACUCCAGCUCUGUGAGGGUAAAAAACACACACACCUCUCCGGCCUGGCUGAAGCAGGAACAAGACGACCUCCGCAUCAUCAAGUGGGAGAACUUCCAAACUGCUGCCUCAGCUGAUUCCGUUCAGGACAACACACCCAGCAGCGCCAUGUCAGCUGGCUCACAAGCAGAGAGCCUGCCCCCCCGGGUGCUGCUGACCAUGACCAAGCUGCAGUGCAUGCUAGAGAACAAACAGGAGCGUAUCGCUGCACUGGAGAGACAGGUGGAGGACCUGAUGCAGGACCGCAAGUUCCUCAGGAGCCAGAUUGAAAACCUCACCAGUAACCGCUCCAUGUCCACCUUUGCAUCUCCCAGUCCACUCACUGAAGCUCCUAGACACAGCAAAGUGCAGCACUCAGAAAGCAAAUCUCGGAAGAGAGAAAGAGUUUCCUCGUGUUCCUCUGACAGCAGCAACAGCGCCUCUGAAGCGUCGGGAUCAUCAGAAUUUUCAGCGGCCUCAAGUGAACACAGAAGGAAAAAACACCACAAAGACAAGAAAAGAUCGAAGAAAGGGAAGGACUACAGCAGGAAAAGGGCCACCGGAGUCCAGUACGUCAUCCACCGCUACAAACAAGUCCUGUCAUCCUUCAUCAAGAAGAAAAGCAUGAGUGAAGCCUUCCGUCACCUCGGAAUCGACCGGAACACCAUCGCCAACACAGCAUGUAUUGCCGAGCUCCACCUGGCCGGCAAAGACAUGGUCCCCCUGGUGGGGGUGUUCCGCCCAGGAGAAGAGACCCUGGUCAGCUAUGCCCAAAGGUGCACCUUGGUGAUUGACAGUGACGCUGACCUGUCCCGGAGGAUAGACAUUAUGAAAGCGAACGGAGAGCUUCUGCCCAUCUCAGGGAAAAGGCCCAGAGGGUUGCAUUCUCACCUGCAGCAGCUAGGGGGCGCUGUAGAGAGCAUUUUAAUAGGUUGAUUAUUAUUUCAUUUGGAUGGAGAAGUGAGACAUUAUGCCUUCAGUGUUGACAUUCUUUUGAUGAUUUUCCACUUAUCAGAAAGACUGGAUUGAAAUGUCUGAUGUAGCAUUUUUUUGUGUAUUCACAUCUCAAGGAGAACAAUAAUGUACAUUAUUUUCAAUAUAUUUAGAAUCACAUUCCCACAUUUAAUAUGUUUAUUUUUUUACAUAAAAUACACACAACUGAUUUACAGCUGCUGUCACCUAUAGGUUUUCCUUUUUUAAAUUUAAGAGAAGUGUGUGUAGUGUUAGAAAAAGCCACAAGAUGGCAGUGCUCACAUAUCAGAGAAAUCAUUCCUCCUGUCAUUUACUUCCAAAAUGGUGGAUAGUGAAUUUCCAUUUCCCAGCACCUUGUUUUUGUUGGAGGUGCUACUUUUUGCUCAUAGACUUUGUUUUCCAUUUGAUUCAUAUGCUGUCGUUGAACCAAAUUAUUUAAAAACGACAUUUGUUACAAAGUGUGUCCUGAACUGCCAACAAAUGAAAAAACACUGUCCAUAUGAAAA